AUGACGGAAGCGGCAAAGAAAAAGAUGUUUGUCCCUCUCGAGAACAACCCGGAGGUGAUGACCAACCUCGUGCACGAACUCGGCCUAUCUCCCUCCCUCCAAUUCCACGACGUGUACUCCCUCACCGAACCAUCUUUGCUAGAAUUCCUCCCCCGCCCGGCCCUCGCCCUGCUGCUGGUCUUCCCCGUCACGCGCACGUACGAGAAGUUUCGCGCUGAAGAGGACUCGUCGCGCGAGGAGUACACCGGGUCCGGCGACCAAGAGCCCGUGGUCUGGUUCAAGCAGACGAUCGGCAACGCGUGCGGGUUGAUCGGAUUGCUUCACGCCAUCACCAACGGCGAGGCCCGGUCCGAAAUCGUCCCCGGCAGCGACCUGGAGAAACUGCUCAAGGAGGCCAUCCCGCUCAAGCCCGCCGAACGCGCAGAAUAUCUCUACAACAGCCCCACCCUCGAAGCAGCGCACGCCACGGCCGCGGCGCAGGGCGACACAGAAGCCCCCGAGGCCGAAGCGAACGUCGACCUCCACUUCGUCGCGUUCAUCAAGGACAAAGAUGGUUACUUGUGGGAGAUGGACGGGUCCAGGAAGGGUCCGUUAAAGAGAGGCUACCUGGGCCCCGAUCACGAUGUGUUGAGCGAACAGGGCCAGGAGCUGGGCGUCAGGGCUUUCUUGAAGAGGGAGGAAGAAGCGGGCGGUGGCGAGCUGCGAUUCAGCGUCAUCAUGCUCGGACCGAGCUUUGCGUGA